GUACGUUCAUAUUGAAUUCGGGCCACCGUUUCGGUUUAUCAGUACGUCAUAAUAUCGUGUCACUAUUAAUUCGCACGUUAACGCACUAAUACAAUGUCGAGAAUUCAUAAACGUAAACAAACGGUGUGGACAAAACCGGUCGUCGUUUCAAAACCAUUCACUAACCUACCAUUAAUCAGUGUUAUUGCUAGACGUGUUAAUUUACACUUUGUACUACCUACUGCAGUAUUAUAGCGUGUUCGUUUUCGUAUUGGCGGUAGGUACAUUCAGAGUUUCAUUUGUCUUAGUGUCGAUCACUGCCUUUUUAUAAUACAUAUAAAAAUGAUAUUGAGUAAAUGCAAUAGGUAUUAAUAGUGUAUUUUAUGUAAAACUUAGUAGGUAUUAAAAAACAAUUUUAAAUUUUAAAUCAAUUUUUUUUUAUAAUAUUAUUUUGUCAUUGAACGCUGAAGGAUAAAAAUCCUGUACGAGCUCUUGUUACGUUCUAUAUUUUUUUUUUAUUCUUUUUAUAAUACCACCGCGGUAAGUCACGCUUUUUAUAUUUUGAUCGCUCUUUUUACUGCACGACGAUGCCUCUGAAAUCCAAACUCGCGAGCGAGGAGGAACUCGCUUCCCCUGUGGUGUUACCAAAUCUGGCCAGGUGUCAUUUGUCCGAUUGCGAACUGAUGUGUUUUUUUAAUACGGAAAAACACAGAAGCAACGCAAGGGAAAACUCUCACAGAAUUUUCGUCAACAGGAGUCUGCACCUGGAGAACAUCAAAUUCUAUGGAUUCGACAUGGACUAUACGUUGGCCGAGUACAAGUCACCGGCCUACGAGAGACUGGGAUUCGCACUGGCCGUCGAAAGGCUCGUAUCGCUCGGGUAUCCCACUCAGAUAUUGCAGUUCGAGUACGAUCCCACGUUCCCGGUGAGGGGCUUGUGGUUCGAUUCUUUGUACGGCACUCUGCUCAAAGUGGAUUCUUACGGUAACAUACUCGUCUGCGUACAAGGUUUCGAGUUUUUAAAACAUUCUCAGGUGUACGAGUUGUAUCCCAACAAAUUCCUGGUCCUUGACGAGUCCCGCGUCUACGUGCUCAACACACUGUUCAAUUUGCCAGAAACGUAUUUGUUGGCCUGUCUGAUAAACUAUUUUACUACUUCGCCAAACUACUCGAGGGAAAAAACCGGAGUACGCAGUGGUGAUUUGCUGAUGUCGUUCAACUCUAUAUUCCAAGACGUGAGGAACGCCGUGGACUGGAUGCACAUACAUGGUGAUUUGAAAGAGAGAACUAUCCAAAACUUAUCAGAUUACGUCAACAAAGACGCGAGGCUGCCCAUGUUCUUGGCUAGGAUCCGGCAAAGUGGUGCCAAGGUGUUUCUGUUGACCAACAGUGAUUACUGGUUCACCAACAUGAUCAUGACGUAUUUGUUCGAUUACCCGCACGGUGCUUCGCCCAGCGAGCCACACAGAGACUGGCAAUCGUAUUUCGACAUAGUGGUGGUAGAUGCCAGAAAACCGUUGUUUUUCAGCGAAGGCACGAUCCUGCGACAAGUGGACACUAAAACCGGAGCUCUGAAAAUGGGCACGCACAUUGGGCCUCUGCUAAAAGGCCAAGUAUAUUCGGGAGGUUCUUGCGACAUUUUCACCAAGCUCAUUGGCGCAAAAGGAAAAGACGUUCUGUAUGUGGGAGAUCAUAUAUUUGGAGACAUUCUCAAGUCAAAGAAGAUACGUGGUUGGAGAACGUUUUUAGUCGUUCCCGAGUUGGUUCAAGAGCUGCACGUGUGGACAGACAAAUGUCAGCUAUUUGCAGAACUGCAAAAUUUCGAUAUAGCUCUUGGAAACAUGUACAAAAAUUUAGACAGCAGUACCAACGAAAAACCAGAUAUUUCAAAACUGAGAAUGGCGAUGCGCGACGUUACCCACAAAAUGGACUUAUCGUACGGAAUGAUGGGUAGUCUUUUCCGAUCGGGGUCCAGGCAAACCUUCUUCUCGUCGCAGGUCACGCGGUAUGCAGACUUGUACGCAGCGACGUUUUUAAAUCUAAUAUACUAUCCAUUUUCCUAUAUGUUCCGAGCACCGGCUAUGCUGAUGCCGCACGAGUCCACUGUGGCACACGAACACGAACAGAGACUGAGCAAAGAAGACAGCGCGGCUGCGGCGGCAUCGGCGGCGGCGACGUUGAAGUCCGUUAGCGAAACGGUGCUAAAUGCCAGUAAAAAUGCCGCUGCGACUACGACUGUGGACGAGAUUCGUGUUUUCCCGAUCACAGACUCAGAUGCUGCAGGGCACAAACACGUUCAGCACCCAAGUGCCGUCGUCAGUGACGCACACACACGACGAAGACUGUUCGGACGAAGAGGAAGUGCUCGCGACCAAAAAAUAACCGACCAAGACGACGAUAACAAUAACUAUUAUAUUAUCUUAUAAACUAUAUUAUUUUAUUUGCACAUUUUUUUUUCUCCCCAAUCGCGUUUCAACCAACACCAUUUAUAUUAAUUACAGACUAUAUUUCUAUUUGUUCACAAUUAUAUUGGUUCUAUAUCGUUAA